AUGGCUGCUGAACAUGAUCUUGACGCCGCUCUUUUGAGCACCAACUUCGACUUGAUCCAAGGAUUGCCAUUAAAUGUCAAGAACCGUGUCUGCGCUCUCAAGAAGCUCCAGAUCGACAGCAUCAAGGUCGAAUCUGAUUUCUACAAGCGCGUUCACGAGCUCGAAAUCGAGUUUGAGACUAAAUUCAAGUCUUUCUUCGACCAGAGAAAAGCCAUCAUCAACGGUGAUGUUGAACCAAGUGCAUGUGACGUCCCAAUUCUCGAAGGACUCAACGAGGAGCAGAUUGCUGACUUGAACAAGCACACCGAAGCUGAUCCAUCCGCCAAGGGAAUCAAGGACUUCUGGCUCACCGUUCUCAGAACUCACGACCUUGUUGCUGAGACAAUCGAGGAGCACGAUGCCCCAAUCCUCUCCUUCUUGACCGAUGUCACCACCGCUGCCAGCCAAGACCCACCAGGUUUCAAGAUCGAGUUCCACUUUGCAACCAACCCAUAUUUCAAGAACUCAGUUCUCACCAAGACCUACGUCCUCAAGUUCGAGCCUGAGGAGGGAGCCGAGCUCUCUUUCGAUGGACCACAUGUCUCCCGUAUUAUCGGAGACUCCAUCGAGUGGGAAGAUGGCAAGAACGUCACUAAGAAGGCCGUCAAAAAGAAGCAAAAGAAAGGAGCCAACGCUGGAAAGUUCCUCACCAAGACAGUCAAGGCUGAGAGCUUCUUCAACUUCUUCGAGCCACCAAAGUCGAAGGACGAGAGAAACGAGGAAGAUGAUGAUGAGCACGCUGAGGAAUUCCUCGAGCUCGAUUACGAAAUGGGACAAGCACUCCGUGAUACCGUCAUUCCACGUGCCGUUCUUUUCUUCACCGGAGAACUCCAAGCCGACGAUAUGUUCGAUUUCCCAGGAGAGGACGGAGAAGAGGUCUCGGACUUCAGCGACGAUGAGGCUUAA